AAAUUUUGUGCACAUUCGUGAAACAUAACUAAAGUUAAAUGUGUUUUUAUAAUUUUUAAGUUUGAUUUGGAUUCAUUAUUGAAUGAAGGGUUUGGAUACCCUGACUUUUGACAAUAAUCGUUGAUACAAGUCAUAACAUAACCUAUAAAUAUUAGUUAUAUAAAAUUUUCAAUUUAAAUUUUUGGUUUCAUUAUAUUGUAAGAACAGUAGAAAUUUGUUUGUAAUGUUUACAUCAAGUUAAGCUUAAAAUGGGGUCAGAGCAAGAAGCAGAAGUAAAAAUUAUAAUAACUGGGUUAUUAACUUCUAAUCCGCUAAGAUGUACAAUUCAGAAACUUUGUAAAGAUUUCCAAGAGACAGUAGGAUACAGUAUUCCUUUUAGGAAACUUGGUUUUACAAAUAUUGAGGAUUAUUUACAUUCAAUUCCAGAUACAGUUCAAGUUUUUGGACAUGGACCUUUUGCAGAAGUUCAAGGUGUUUUUAAACCCAAAUCAGCCCAUAUAAAUUUAAUGGUGGUAAAACAAAAAAAUGUUCCAAAAAGCAACAGAAAGCAAAUAAAUACACUUCCCAAAAGGAGGCCUCUUUCUCAAACUGAAGAUGGAUAUAGGUCCAAAGUACCGGCUGGAGUACAAAACCACUUGAGAAAACUUAUUUUACAAUAUCCUGAUGGUAUAUGGUGUACAAAAUUACCAGAAGUGUACCUAAAAAUGUUCAACGUUCGUCUUAAUUAUCAAGAAUUUCACUAUAGGUCUUUAAUCGAAAUGUGUACUGAUCUACCGGAAAUUUUUCACUAUACUCAAAUUUCUUCAGAUGAUUAUAUGUUGUAUGAUAAGAAUUCAGCAGCACCUUCACUGAAUCAAAAUGACAAAGUUUUGAAAUUUUCAGACAAAAAAAAAUUAGCAGGAGCACUUAAUUGGUCACUUGGUUCAGCUUUAAUUCCUCCAAAUAUUGUACAUUUGUCAGAGGAAAUUCCUCGAUAUUUUCCCAAUACGACAUCACAGGGUGAAUAUCUCGAAGUUAUGGUGGGAGAAAUAUAUGACAUUAAUAAUUUUUGGGUUUAUUUAGCUAAUGGACAGUUGAAACAACUUACGGUUGAUUUAAAGGAACAUUUUCAAACUCAACGAAAUCGUUACGUGAUCCCAGAAUUGUUUUUACAAGUAGGAUUAUAUUGCGUAGUUUUAUUUAACAAAGUUUAUCAUAGAUGUAUUAUUAUUGAUUUAUUGGACACGGAUCCACUGACUGUCAAAGUCCUUUUUAUUGAUUAUGGCAGUAUUGGAGAAAUACCUUGUGAUCAUAUUUGGUAUCUUCCUAAAGAAUUCAGUAAGAUUCCAUGUCAAGCAAUAAAGGCAAGUCUAUACAAUAUAAAAUCAGAAUUAGACGAAAUUCAAUGCAUCAAAAAAUUUGAACAUCUUAUUAGAAACAAACGAUUAAUAGCUGAAGUUUUAAGAAUUGAUAAAAGGGAAUUAUUUUUGGAAAUUUAUUUAGCUGAUGUAUCUAAUGAAGAAAACAUUUUUUUUAUUAAUGAUCGACUUGUCGAUGAGGGGUAUGCGGCUUAUAUCACAUAACCUGAAGUACCGAAUUUGUUUUUGUUUUUUCAUGAGGUAAUUUUUGAGUCGUGUUUUUUAAAUAAAAAUUGUUUAAUUUCCCUAUUAAAUAAGCACCAGAAUUACAAAAAUUAUUUA